GUCUCCUCUCUGAUUGGCUGACCGCGGCUCGAUGGCUGGCAAAAGAAGCAGUGAAGCUUUUAGUCUGCCUUGGCGGAGCUGAAAGAACAGAAUCCAGAUAACAGGUACAUGUGACAAUGCUGCAGCUAUGAGUGGAAUUUUAAUGAGGAAGUUUGAAGAAACUGGCGGCUCCUCAAUCUUCUCUGUGCGGGAAUUGGAUGGUGAAGAUUCUAGUGGCAAAAGCACUGACAUUGGUGAUAGCGUCAGUCUGUCCACUUCAAAUCACAUUAUCUGUACAUGUGACAGCGUUGCAGCUAUGAGUGGAAUUUUAAAGAGGAAGUUUGAAGAAGUGGAUGGUUCCUCCCCCUGCUCUUCUGUGCGGGAGUCGGACGAGGAUGUCUCUAGCAGCGAAAGUGCUGACAGCGGUGACAGCGUCAACCCAUCCACAUCAAAUCACAUUACCCCGUCGUCCAUCUUGAAACGAGAGAAACGGAAGAGAACGAAAAAUGUCCAUUUCAACUGCGUCACUGUGUACUACUUUGCACGAAGGCAAGGGUUCACGAGCGUCCCCAGCCAAGGAGGCAGCACCCUGGGUAUGUCCACCCGUCACAACAGUGUGCGGCAAUACACUCUUGGGGAAUUUGCCGUGGAGCAGGAGAGGCUUCAUCGAGAGAUGUUAAGAGAGCACCUGAGGGAGGAAAAACUGAACUCGUUAAAACUCAAGAUGACUAAAAAUGGCACCGUGGAAUCGGAGGAAGCCAACACUUUGACCCUGGAUGACAUUUCUGACGAUGAUAUUGACCUCGACAACACGGAAGUGGACGAGUACUUCUUCCUCCAGCCUCUGCCUACGAAAAAGCGGCGGGCACUCCUGCGAGCUUCUGGGGUCAAGAAGAUUGAUGUGGAGGAAAAACACGAGCUGCGAGCCAUCCGCCUUUCAAGGGAGGACUGUGGCUGUGACUGCCGAGUCUUCUGCGAUCCAGAAACUUGUACUUGCAGUCUUGCAGGCAUAAAAUGCCAGGUGGAUCGUAUGUCUUUCCCAUGUGGUUGCACUAAAGAAGGGUGUAGCAAUACAGCAGGUAGAAUUGAAUUUAACCCCAUCCGUGUUCGGACUCACUUUUUGCACACUAUAAUGAAACUUGAAUUAGAGAAAAACCGAGAGCAGCAAGUCCCUGCACUGAAUGGUUGCCAUGGCGACAUAAGCGCUCACAGUAGUUCAAUGGGCCCGUCGCCUCACCCACUCGAGUAUUCGGUUCCAGACAAUUUUGAGAUCGAAACAGAACCUCGGACUGCAGUGAUGCAUUUACAGACAGCAGAUGACUUGGACUGCCCGGGGGAGGAGGAGGAAGAAGAGGAGGAGGAGGAGGAGGAAGAGGAAGAUGCGAGUAGCUUCUGCAGUGGGGUUACAGAUUCCAGCACACAGAGUUUAGCACCCAGUGAAACAGAUGAAGAUGAGGAGGAGGAAGAGGACGAUGAUGAGGAUGAUGAAGAAGGAAAAGUUGAUGACUUUGUGGAAGGACUGGGUGCCCAUGCUGACAUGGUACAAGCUCUGCCUUCUGUCCUUUGCUAUUCUGACAGCACCGUCAUGCACGAAAACCAUGCGAAGGCUUCCUCCUACUACACCAACUCUUCAGCGCUUUAUUACCAAAUAGAGAACCAUGGCCCUGGCACUCCUAACCAGAUUCAUGAGACUUAUUCUGAAAGGGACACUGUUAAGAAUGGGAAUCUUGCUCUGGUGCCUUAUAAUCCAGCUUCGGAACAGUUUAUUGACUAUUCGCGGCAAUCAGAGGAAAGUUACGGGAGCUCACUGUAUCCAUCUUCAAAUCCCUCCGUCAUAGUUUGCUGCUCUUCAUCAGAAAGUGAUAAUGCUGUUCCAUGUAGCAGUUUAUAUUCGGAUCAUAGGCCAAGGCACUCCCAAGUGGACUUUCCCUCAUACUUAAAAGGCCCUUCUCAAGAUGGAUUUGUUUCCACAUUGAAUGGCGGCAGUCACCUGCCGGAUCAUCCUGCCGAAAAUUCUCUAAGCCUUUCAGAAAAGAGCAGAUUGCAUGAAGAGUGUAUCAAAUCGCCUGUCAUGGAAACGGUACCUGUUUAAAUUAUUUUAGGACUGAAUCCCUUUAUUUAAAUGCACUCUAUUUUAAUUGGAUUUCCUGGAACAAUUAUUUUUUCUUAGCAGUGGAGUUAAGGAGAUAGACUAUGGGUA